GCCUCUAGAGGCGGAUCUUAACACCGGAACGGAAGUUCCCGAGCCUCCUCACCCGCGGGGAAGCGACUCGGCAACGGACCAAGAUGGCGGCUCCCAGCGAGGCGCAGCAGGUUGCCGCGGGUGUUGAAAAGACUUGGGGUACAGUCGUUCGUUCGCCUGAAGUGACUCCUCAGAAAGUCCGGCAGCUGAUAGAUGAGGGAAUUUCCCCGGAAGAGGGAGGCACCGACGCGAAGGCUACAUCUGCCACAGCCCAGCCAGUUAAUGGAUCACCUCAGGCAGAACAGCCUCCUUUGGAGUCUACAAGCAAAGAGGCCUUUUUCAACAGAGUGGAGACCUUUUCUUCUUUGAAAUGGGCAGGGAAGCCCCCUGAGCUGUCUCCACUUAUCUGUGCAAAAUAUGGCUGGGUCACAGUUGAAUGCGAUAUGCUUAAGUGCUCCAGCUGUCAAGCUUUUCUGUGUGCCAGCUUGCAGCCAGCCUUUGACUUUGGUAGAUAUAAGGAACGAUGUGCUGAGCUCAAGAAAUCCCUGUGCACUGCCCAUGAAAAGUUCUGCUUUUGGCCAGACAGCCCCUCUCCAGAUCGAUUUGGGAUGUUGCCAUUGAGUGAGCCUGCUGUUCUUGUUAGUGAAUUCCUAGAUCGUUUUCAAAGCCUUUGUCUUUUGGACCUCCAGCUUCCUUCCCUGAGGCCGGAGGACUUGAAAAAUAUGUGCUUGACAGAAGACAAGAUCAGUGCUCUGCUACACCUGCUUGAAGAUGAACUUGACUACCAGAGCGAUGAUAAAAAAACUACAAGCAAAUUAGGCUUGGACAUCCAAGUGCAUGUCACUGCCUGUGUUCUCUCUUUGUGUGGCUGGGCAUGUAGUUCUUUGGAACCCACACAACUUUCCCUGAUAACAUGUUCUCAGUGUAUGAGGAAGGUCGGUCUCUGGGGCUUCCAGCAGAUUGAGUUGGCCAUAUCUGACCUUGACACUUCUUUUGGCCUGACUGGCUCCCCCAUCCCAGGCACUGAGGGGCGGCCUGAGCGCUUCCCUCUGGUGCCUGAAUCUCCUCGGCGGAUGAUGACCCGAAGCCAGGAUGCCACGUUUUCUCCAGGCUCAGAACAGGCUGAAAAAAGUCCAGGUCCCAUUAUCUCCCGAACCCGCAGCUGGGAUUCUUCCAGUCCUGUUGACCGGCCUGAGCCAGAAGCUGCCAGCCCCACCACCAGGAGCCGCCCAGUGACCCGAAGCAUGGGAACAGGAGAUUCUGCUGGCCUGGAAGUUCCUUUGAGCCCUCUCAGGAAAGCCAAACGAGCUCGCCUCUGCUCUUCCAGCAGCUCAGAUACUGCUUCCCGAAGCUUCUUUGAUCCCACCUCUCAGCAUAGAGAUUGGUGCCCUUGGGUGAAUGUCACAGUUGGCAAAGAAACUAGGGAGAAUGGAAGUACGGAGCUGGAUGCUCCCAGCACCCCACCAGAGCCAGGCUGGAAAGCCGUGUUGACCACCCUGUUGGCCCACAAGCAGUCUAACCAGCCAGCCGAGACGGACUCUCUGAGUCUCUCUGAAAAAUCAAGGAAAGUAUUCCGAAUAUUCCGGCAGUGGGAAUCUGUGUGCUCAUCCUAAAGAUACACCAGCCUCUUCCUGGACAGAACAAAAAGAGAGUGAUUUUUUUGAAAAAUGACUCUAGAUUCCCUUUUGGUGAGCUGAUGCUAAGUUUAUCUCCAUUCUGGUUUAAUGGCAAGUGCAAAGGAACUACGUAUCAGCCAUCUGCAUGACGCAGAAGAGACCUGUGUCCGUGCAGGAACACGGACAGGGUAAGAUACAGCAAGCCCAGUUCUGUCAGAGGGCUGCAGGGUUAUGAAAGUAGCUGGAAGAGAGCUCAGAACAUGUGUCACAGUGGCUUCAGUGCGGGCUCAGUGUUCUGAGGACUUGUAGCCCAGGAAUGUAACAGUAUGUGUUAAUAAAGUAUUUGCUAAGAUUCUUCUGCUGGAAAA